GAACACCGACAAAAUUAUUGGCAAAAAAGUUUUAAUUAUUUCCCUUGCCGUGCCAGUCACCAAGUAGCACAGGAGGAAUGGCACCCUUCUCUCCCCUUAAGGUUAAUGCUCCUUUACUUCUGUUCCUUUAAUCGCGAUUCCGGCUGAAAAUAUGGAGCGAAACCAAAUGAACGGUCGUGCUUCACCUUCUAACUCCACCGACUGCGGCGGCACGGCUUCCCCUUUUCAACCUAACUACGGCAGCCGAGCUGUUCAAGAAGCAUUGGAACACUUGGCAUCUAUUGAUUUAAUUGAAUUAUGCAGUGAAGCAAAAGUUGAGCGUUGUCGAGCAACUAGAGAUUUGAGAAGUUGUGGGCGCUAUGUCCAGUAUGUGUUGAACUCAUGCAGCCAUGCUUCCUUAUGCUCUGAGUGUAGUCAGCGGUGUGAUAUUUGCCCCAUUUGUAGAAUCCCUAUCCCAAAGACUGGAAUUAGGCUCCGUCCUCGCCUUUACUAUGAGUGCAUAGAGUCUGGCCUUGUUUCCAAAAGAUGCGAUGAAAGAUUUCAAGAGAAAGAAGAUGCGGACAAUGAAUUAACUACUGAUGUCCAGCGGCUCUAUUCUUUAUUUGAUGUUGCCUUGGAAAAUAACUUGGUUUCUUUGAUUUGUCACUAUGUUACAGAUGUUUGUAUGGAUGAAAGUGCCGUGUCCAGUGAUCCUGUCAUUGCUUUCUUGUUGGAUGAAGUGGUUGUCAAGGAUUGGUGCAAGCGCACGUUUAAAAACAUCAUAGCAGAACUCCAAGGGAUAUAUAACCUUGAAACAGAAGAAAUGAAAACUAGGUUGAGUUUACUUCUUAAACUUUCUGUGCAUCUGGUUGGAAUAUCCAAUGUCCUUGAAGUUUUGGAAUCGUCAUUUAAGGAUAGUCUUUCAGCACAGCUUCAUGACUUGCAGCUCCUUCUAGAGAACAUAUUAAAGGCGAAGCAGCAUAUGGAGAUUAUAGCAUGGUGUGUAAGACAUCACUUUCUGGAGAAUGUCGGAUCUCGUUACAGCAAUUUAUCAUCAUGGCGUACUGUUGUCCUUGAAAGGAAAUCAGCUGCAAUUAAGCGUUCAUGGCCUGAUGUACCAAAUCAAUCUGCUGAGCCCAGCAUGCAGGCUGGUUCCCUGUUCAUUGAAGAUGCUCUCGCCAAUCUUGAAAUAGAUCAGGGCCAUAUGCAAGAAAAGGGAGAAGAGUCAGAACUUGCAUUAUUGCUGAAGGAUGGAAGGUUGUUUUUCAGGUCUAAGCUAGAGGGUUUGGCAGUAUGCUAUCCAUUUGAAAAUCUCCGAGCUGCUGCUGAUGUACUUUUUUUACAUGGAAGUUCUGAUUUGGUGCUUGCAAAGCAAGCAACUUUUCUUUAUUAUCUUUUUGAUCGACAUUGGGCAAUGCCAGAUGAAAGUUGGCGACAUAUUGUAGAUGACUUUUCAGCUACAUUUGGUAUAACCAGGCAUUCAUUAUUGGAAUCACUUACUUUCUAUCUUCUGGAUGAUCACACAGAAGCAGCUCUGCAGGAAGCUUGCAACCUUCUUCCUGAGAUUUCAGGCCCAUCAACUCAUCCUAAGAUUGCUCAAGUGCUAUUAGAAAGGAAGAAUCCUGAAACAGCACUGAUGGUCUUAAGAUGGUCUGGGCAUGAUGGAUCUCAAAUGGUUUCUCUCAAUGAUGCUGUUACUGCUGUUCGGAUUAGGGUGCAGUGUGCGCUUUUGACUGAAGCAUUUAUGCAUCAGAGAAUGCUCUGCACCAAAGUCAGGGAAAAUAAGUUCAAGGCUAGACCACCUCGAGAUGCUUCUGAUGAUCUUAAAGGCGAAUGCAGGACCUGGGAAAACUGGGUGGAGAUACUGGUGAAUGAAAUUUGUUGUCUUUGUAUCAAGAACAAUCUGGUAGAUCGAAUGAUAUCAUUGCCAUGGAAUUUGGAUGAAGAGAAAUAUCUUCAUAAGUGUCUCUUAUAUUAUGCUUUCCAUGACCCUUCAACAACUAUUGGAAGUCUUCUUGUUGUAUUUUAUCUCCAGCGCUACAGAUAUGUGGAGGCAUACCAUGUUCAUUCCAAACUUCAGGGUGUGGAGCAGGAGUUCAUUUCUAAGAAUUCUCUCAGUGAAGAAGUUUUAUCCAGAAUGAGAUCAGCUAGUCACCACAGAGGAGAACUUGCUGUUCAAUCCAUUAAGUUGCUUCCAAAAAUUCAACAGGAACAGCUUAAGACUGGAAAAUUGUCACCCGAGAUCCAUAAUACCUCUGGUGAAGAAGUUGAAAUUCAAGAAAGGGCUGAUCUUCCCUUGGCACAAGAGCCAAAGUCAAGCAGUUUAUUAAUUUCCCUGCCUGCAGAUUCUUCUCUGGUUUCUCAGACAAAUAAUAAUGUUACUGUUAAACCAGCAGCUCUUAAAACUCCAACAAGAUUUGGUGCAUCUAUCAAGAGUCCUCACCUGGAAAUGGGUAACUGUGACUCUUCAUCUGUUCUUCAUCAAAGGUUAUUUAGAACUCCAGAAAGAACUCAAAAGUAUCAAGUUAGUUUCAACAAAAAUUUCAAAUUUGAUGGCAUCUCAACUCCUGGAAUUCAUCAAGAUAGUCACAUGAAAACCACGCCAUUAAAGGAGACCAGCAGAACUUCAUUAGAAGUGCUUCCGAACAGCAACCUGCACCACAGUCUAUUCGAUGAAGUCUCUCCAGAAAGGGAACAAAAUGGGUUUCCUAAGCAAUUACGAAAUACAACUCCUCCAUAUUCCCAUAGGAUUACUGCUAAUCCAGUGGCUAUGACUGGCAGCAACAAUGGUCUUCGUAAUGAUAAAAAUGAUAGAUCUAGGAAUAAGGGUUCUAUACGUGAUCCAAAGGACAUAGCUUGGAGUGAUAGAGAGGAGUUCAUUGUUGAUGAAAGGGAGGUAAAUGAUGGGCUGAGAUGGAGAACUGAUGAAACUAGUGAUGAAGAAGAAGAGCAUAUUCCAGAGAGAAUUGUUGGAGUUGGUUCGUUUGCAGCAACCGCUAGGAGAGUUAGAAGAAGUAGAUUUGCUAGAAGAUGAACAUUGUUUCCUUUCUGUAACCUAUAGGUGCCUCUGACAUUCUAUGGUUGCUUCUCUCUGGAUCAGUGACAAGCAGGAAGUGCAUGAGCUAGCAGUGAAAUGAAGCCAUGGAUUUUUUUUUUCUUGAGAGGGCUGCACUGCUAAGAUUUACUGGUUUCGAUGAGAGGUAUAUAAGCAUAAUGUAUACUGAUUUAUAGUUUUUGGACAUGGAAUAUGAAAUUCAAGCCAUCUUUUUUUUC